AAAAAGAACUCUAAGCUAAAAUCUCAGAGAGCCAGAUAGUAAACCCUAAUAUUAAGUAGCUUUGAAACUCCCUCUGUUGAAUCAUGUCCGGCGCCGUCCCUCUUAGUCCUCACCCCGAAGGAUAUUACGAAUCCACAAACCCGUUUCUGGUUCACGGGCCAAGCGGAUUUGAAGAGUUCAAGUUGCUCGAGAGUUCUGGAACGUACGUGAGGAUGGACUUUCCAGGCGUUCCGGAAGAGUGCGUGAGGCUUUCUCUAGACCCGGCGAAGAAAUCUCUGGCUGUCUACGCAGAUGCUCCCAAGGUCCACAGACACGACACCGCUCACCGGAAGUACCUCUCCGUCAUCGAAACCGUCUGCAGAUGCUGCGUGUUCUGCGGCUUCACUUACCACAUGUCAGACGGUGUUUUGAGGCUUCACCUCUCCAAGACUAACAUCGUCGAUCCACGUCGCUCUCCUUGCAUCGAGUUUAAAUAUUCUGCAUUCGGAGAAGAUAUCUCUGGCGAUGACAUGGACGAGUCGUAUGAGACGAAGCGUCUCGAAGACGGCAGCUUAUACGUGCGUUUUGACAUGCCAGGCGUUCCCAAGGACAACUUCGCCGUCUCCGUGACUAACGGCAAAGUAAACGUGACUGGUCAAGCACCUGUUCUUAGCCACGACUCAGGUUCUCGGUUAUACUCUGCUGACGUGGUUAUUCUCUCCGGUCCCGUCGACUUUCCUAGUCAUCGGGUCAAAACCAUCAUCAAGAACGGUGUCAUUCGCCUCCUCAUCCCUCCCGUUUGAUUUCAUUAAUUAUGAUGACGCGGCUAUAGAUAUGUUUCUUUCUCUUUGUUAAA